UUGUCAGUCAGUUGAGUAUCCUCUGACACCAAUGGACUCUUCCUCCCUCCCCAAGCGCCUCCCCGCCGACUCUUCCACCGUCGCCUCUGCCGAGCCCACCGCCAAGCGGCGUAACCAACCCACUGCCACCUCCGCCGCCUCCGCCGCCACUUCAUCUCCUCCCACCGUGGUUGCGGCGGGGGCGGCCAAACCACAGGUCCUCUUCCGCAUCCUCUGCCCCGCCACCAAGACAGGCGGCGUCAUCGGAAAGGGCGGCGCCAUUAUACGGCAGUUCCGGGAGGACACCGGCGCGAAGAUCCGCAUAGACGACUCCGUCCUCGGCUGCGACGAGCGCGUCAUUCUCAUCGUCGCCGAUGCCGUGAAGUCCAAAAGGGAAGCGUCGGCAAUCUGCGGUGCCGAGGCGAAUGAUGGUGAAGAAUCGGCGAAUUUGAGCAACUCCAGUCCGAAUCCAGUGGCAGUAGACGAUGACGAGUCAUCGCCGGCGCAGCAGGCGCUGGUUAGGGUUUUUGAGAGGAUUUUGAAGGUGGAUGAGGAGAGGGAGGAGAAGGAAAAGAAGGAAGAUUUAGGCAAUGUGGCGGUCUGUUGUAGGCUGCUGGCGCCGAGCAAUCAGGUUGGUUGUGUGCUCGGGAGAGGAGGGAAGAUUGUGGAGAAGAUUAGGCAGGAGAGUGGAGCUCAGAUUAGGGUUUUGCCCAAAGAUCACAUCCCAGCUUGUGCUUCGCCUGGAGAUGAGUUGAUUCAGAUAACUGGAACCUUUCCAGCUGUAAGGAAAGCACUUUUGUUGGUUUCAAGUUGUCUUCAGGAUAACCCUAGGGCAGAUGCAACCAACUCGGCGGCAGCCAAGCCAACUGGAGGCAUGCUUCAUGGAAAUGGUAUGCCUGGACAGCUGGACUCAUUCCCUCAACGAGGUUAUGGAUCUAGUCUUCAUGGUCCUGAUUAUCAUUCCAGGGGCUAUUCUUCUAUGCCAGGCCCUGAAAAUAUUGGUGCCAAUCACAGAAUGGUACUGGAAGAGGAGGUGGUAUUUAAAUUAUUGUGCCAUUUUGAGAAAGUUGGCAGUCUGAUUGGAAAAGGCGGUUCUAUAAUAAGGUCUUUGCAAAGUGAAACUGGUGCAUCUAUCAAGAUUGCUGAUGCUGCACCUGACUCAGAUGAACGGGUUGUUGUGAUAUCUGCACGAGAGAAUUCGGAGCAGAAACAUUCACCUGCGCAGGAUGCUGUUAUACGAGUGCAUUGUAGAAUAGCAGAGAUUGGAUUUGAACCUGGUGCUGCCGUUGUUGCUAGGCUUCUUGUUCAUUCACAGCAGAUAGGUUGUUUAUUGGGUAAAGGAGGUAUCAUUAUUAGUGAAAUGAGAAGGGCUACCGGUGCUAGUAUACGCAUUUUUGCUAAGGAACAAGUUCCAAAGUGUGGUUCCCAAAAUGAUGAACUCGUCCAGGUUAUUGGUAGUUUGCAGUCUGUACAGGAUGCUUUAUUUCGUAUUACAAGCAGGAUUCGAGAAACCAUAUUCCCUCUGAAACCAUCCAUUUCAAAUGUUAACGGCCCACCAUACAUGUCUUCUUUUCUAGAAAUACCUCCCCCUAUGUUUAGACCAAGGCAUGACCCAGCAUCUCCUGGUCAUUACUCUUCCCCUGUUGGAGUGCCACAUGGGAUUGAUCGUUCUGCUGUUCCAGGCCACCCCCUUGAUCACCAGUCCUCAUUUUCACACGGUGUGGAUCGUAUAGGUCCAUCCAAUCUGGACCGAGCUCCCUAUCCUUAUGGUGGUGACAGACCAGGACAUGGUCCACCCUUCGACAGACCAUCUUCUUCUCCAAGAAUGUGGACUCCUCAGGGUGUUAGCGGGAACCUCAGGGGCACUGACAUUGGUUCAGGCGGCUUGGCUUCAAGAAACGGACCUCCUGGAAGUGGAAGUCAGGCACCGAACAUUACUACCACAACUGUUGAGGUCGCUGUCCCUCAAGCAUUGCUGAGCCAUGUCUAUGGAGAGAAUAACAGCAAUCUGAACCAGAUCAGACAGAUCUCUGGUGCAAGGGUCGUCAUUCAAGACCCAAGAACUGGAAGUUCUGAAGGUGUAGUUGUGGUAUCUGGGACACUAGACCAAACUCGAGCCGCUCAGAGCCUUGUUCAAGCCUUCAUCCUCUCCGAACAAAUGACAACGUAACGAUAAUCAGUUCUGGUAAUUCAUUAACCUACUUUAUAUACCAGAACUGCAGAUUUCAUUCCUUUCUUCUUUGGAGAAAGGGAAAUGAAAAUUUGGGAAAAGCUACAAAUUUUAGGUUAGUGUUAAUCCUUCAGAUCAUUAUUCACGUCAUUAGAAAUAAGCUAUAAAUUGAGAUUGGUGUCAAUAUUUUAUAUUAUCAUUCAUGCCAUUAUGAAUAAACUACAGUUUUGUCAUAAGGUUUGGAUGCUAUUAAAAUCUAUGAAAAUUUCACAGAUGAAUUUUUAUGA